CAGCCCCACUACAAAGGGCAUAAGAAAAAGCCAUUUGGCUGUCACUCCACCACAACCUCCCACGGCUCUCACACUGAUAAGUGCUCCAGGUGAACUGCGCAACUGAAACUAUGUCUGACACAGAAGAAGUGGAUUAUGAAGAGCAGCAGGAAGAACAAGAAGAGGAAGCUGCUGCAGAGGAAGAGCCAGAAGAGGAAGAGGAACCUGCAGAAGAAGCCACAGAAGAGGAGUUUGGAGAGCACAUGGAGGAAGAGGAGGAGCGCCCGAGGCCAAGACCAAUGAUGCCACAACUUGCCCCUCCUAAAAUGCCUGAGGGAGAGAGGGUGGAUUUUGAUGACAUCCACAGGAAACGAAUGGAAAAGGAUUUUCUGGAGCUUCAGACACUCAUCGAUGUACACUUUGAACAACGUAAGAAGGAAGAAGAAGAAUUAAUUGGACUAAAGGAUAGAAUAGAGCGACGCAGAGCUGAACGAUCGGAACAGCAGCGCUUCAGGACAGAGAAAGAGCGUGAAAGACAAGCAAGGAUGGCUGAGGAAAAAAUGAGGAAAGAGGAAGAAGAGGCUAAAAAAAGAGCAGAUGAUGAUGCCAAAAAGAAGAAAGUACUGUCCAAUAUGGGAGCCCAUUUUGGAGGAUAUCUUGUAAAGGCAGAGCAGAAAAGAGGAAAAAAACAGACGGGGCGUGAAACAAAGAGGAAGGUACUUGCUGAGAGACACAAGCCUCUAAGCACUGAGUACAUGAAUGAAAGCCAGCUACGGGAGAAAGCCAAAGAACUUACAGACUGGAUGUAUCAGUUAGAGUCAGAGAAGUUUGACUUGAUGGAGAAUCUCAAAACACAAAAAUAUGAGAUUAACGUGCUCUAUAACCGCAUCAGUCAUGCGCAGAAGUUCAAAAAGGGAGCCGGAAAAGGACGUGUCGGUGGCCGCUGGAAAUAAACUUCAGUACAAUUUCUUUAGACCCUUGUCUUCUGCACUCCAAUUAUCCCAACAUAUUGCCAUUAGGUUUGAAGUGUGCCUGUGUAUGCCCUCAGUCACGUAAAGCCCCCCACACUGACUGGAACUAACAAAUGGAAACUGUUUAUCUUUAAUUCAUAAGUUUAAUCCAAAUGCAAACAUUGGCCUUGUUAAAUAAAAAAAGAAUUUGAAAAUC